UGACCCCUGGCCCAAGCGUUAUUGGCCGCCACGACGCGUCUUUUGAUGCUUCUUCUUUCGACAGCAGCAGCCUGCUUUUAUUUACUUUUUCGCUUUUCCAAACAACCGCCUUUCCAACCACUCGUUUUUUAAUUUGGUCAAGGAGGACACGGUUUGGAAGACUGUUACUUUCGUUACUUUUGUUUCAUUUAUUGCUGCAUUCAUUUCAUCUAAUUUUCCUUUUCUUGUCCUUUUUUUCACACUUCUCAUUCUUUUGCAUCUCUUCUUUGCUCGCAUUUUGCAGUUAACAGCUCACACUCAGAUCGAAUAACCCGAGACAUCCUGUCUGACCAACAACAUCAUACAAAAAAUCAAACCGUUUUUUUUAAUUCGUUCCCGCAAGACACCAAUCCACACACGCGAGACAUUUUAGUUUGCUCAAACUUUCCGAAAAUUUACAAACAACGGGGACGUGUCUCACUUUGCCCACCCACUCGCCCACCAAGACGCUAGACAAUACCCGCCAAAAGGCUGCGUCUGUAGCUUCCGCUUCAGCUUUUCGACCGGGAUUUGCUUUGUUGGCCUUCUCAGACACGCCUCUCUGCUCUCAUUUGCGCCAUAAUCGAGACGUCCGGUUGCGCGACGAGCUCACUCCAGCGCCUAUCGGUUGCUCAGGAGGCUUUCACGCGCACGGCACACCAGCAACCCCCCCUUUUGGGCUUCCCCUCUUUUGAAAGCGCGAUUUGAUCAGGACAACUUGUGGUUAGUCUCUUUUUUUGUUGUUAUUGGCAGAUAGAGCUCGGAAACCCGACUUGUUGCGCGAGUUUGGCACUGCAACAGCGACACUACGGAAAAAAAGGUAUAGCAGACUAUGCCUUCGGUCGAAAGCGUAUAUACAUUCACGUUCGGAUUCCAAAGAUAGAAUCUUUGCUUCAACAUAUCUUUAUACACAGCAGCCAUGGAGAACAGGCCGACAUUACUCAAGCCCCAGCGACAUUCGCUCGGGCACUCACCUACACGACAGAAGCACUUGUCCAUGUCGGAUGACUUGCUUGGCCAGCUGGGCCCGGCUUCCGCCAUGGAGCUGCUUCUUGCGCCGUCGGGUGCUGUUAAAGGCUGCAUGGAUGGAGCGUCGCAGGCAGAGCGCGAGUUUGCCAUGCGCACAGCUGUGGCAUCACAGCGAAUAAGCGAAUGGUUGGAGGAACUACAAAGUUGGAACUGGCCGGAAGAAGGCGGCGAAGAGGGGUUCCAACCAGGAGCAGCACACUCAGAGACAAGCCGCAAGCUGUUUGCUUCGGGGACACAGACUGCUACAGAGGGGCAAGGACAGCAGUACAUGGGCAGCUUGCUUGCUCAAGACGUUGCUCGAUACCUAUGGAGGAUAGACGAGAUCCAGCAUGGUCUCAACGAUUUGGAGUUGGAGGACAUUAAGGCGCAUAUUCUUACACACCACAUUGUUCCAGUACCAAGACCAGGAACGCCAGGAUCAGAUCGGAGCCGCCACUACACGAGGAUGGACGAUUUGUCGGCAAUUGUUACCGCCAUUGUCGUACAGUCGCUCCCCAACUUGGCCAAAUUGACGGCGUUGAUUCACGCCUGGACAAUGAGACUGGCCGUCCUUCCCCAGAUCCCAGCUAUGCUUACAUCUCUUCAAGAAGCCGAAACGACCCUCGAAGCGGCUUGGGAGGCGGUCAUGGCCUUUUCAGAGGAGCUUGCCAAGUAUAAUGAAGCAAAUGGACAGCUUGACUGGGAGCAGUCACUAACACGCGAGUCGUUUGCGGUCAUGAAGAAGAGCCUCUCUAAGAAGGUGGCUAAGCCCGGAAAGGCCCUGGACUACAUGCUGGAUUGCUUGGAGGGUCUGGAUGACACUGUGCCAGAGGAGUGGCUUGAUCGUAUGGAGUCUGCAGAACACAGCUAUGGCGAUUGGGUGGUUGUAGGCGAGCGCAAGCUUCGCGAGGCGGAGUGGGCAAGAAACCUGCAGCGCACAGAGAAGCCCGCCAUUGACCAAUCACAACAGCAGCAGGACGACCUAGCAAACAGACAUAGCUUGGAGGCAAUCGACAACGCUGCCAAGAAUGCACACCAGAUUCUACAGCAGCAGCAAGAAGAGCUUACAAGGAGGUCAUCAUUUGUUGAGGCAGGAUCGGCCGUGGAUGCGCUGGGUAUCGAGCAGCCUGCCACGCCUAGCAUGUCCAAGGCAUGGUUGCUUGACGAGGAUACCUUUGAUGGCACCAUGAGUCCCGUUCACGAAGCAGACGACGAAGAGGAGCCUGGUCUGCCUCCCCUCAACGAUACCGAACGACUCGACAGCGACGACCUUCUCAACGACACCGUUCUCCAUGGAGCCUCCAGUCAUUUUGGCGGUCUUUCCAGCGACAUGCCCGAAGUGUCGGGUUCGCCAGCUGCUCGCGGACCUGUCCGGGAGCUUCAGUACGUUAGCCAAAGCCCGCCCAGUUCACCCCCCACGCUUGACCACGGCAUCGACGAUGACUCGCCCAUGAUGCUUCUCGACAGUCCAUCCUUUUCCUCGGCACCCGACUACGACGACACUGUCUUUACCAAGAGCAUAGCCGAUGGCGCCGACGGCUCCUUCACCGAGGACUUUGACGACUCCUACUCUGUUUCCGAACUCAGCACCACCAAGCUGCGCCGUGAAAGCGUUGGUGAGCAGCACCUGCGCCAGCAAAUCAGUAACAUCAUCUCUUCCAUCCCCGCCAAAAUCAAGCUCUCUUCCGAACCCACCAAGGAAAUCAACCUCAACCCACCAGACUUGCAGCUUCCGCGACUCAAGAAGAAAUCCUCCAAGGAACCCUUCCGCCGUAACGCCUCUGGCCUCUCUUCCCGCACCGUCACUCCCUCAUUCACCCUCUCACCCGCCAAGACCACACGCCCUCGCCAGUCACGGGGCCAGCAGGAGAUCAAGGUUUACCAUCUCUCUCGAUCUACUGGCGAAGCCCCCAUUAAGCUGUUUAUCCGCUGCGUAGGCGAAAACGGAGAACGUGUCAUGGUUCGUGUCGGUGGAGGUUGGGCCGAUCUUAGCGAGUAUCUGAAGGAGUAUGCUACCCACCACGGCCGCCGCUCUGGACGCGGUGACGAAACCACAGUCGAGAUCCGUGAUCUGCCCCAGAACGGUCUACUCCGCCUUGCUUCCAAGGAGCCCGAAUCAGCACCAACCAGCAGACCAGGUUCGGCUGCCUCACAAGCCGUUGCCCCCAGCACGCCUCUCCAAGUCCGCAAGCUGCGCAAGGGCAUGGGUGUUCUGGGCAAUGAUAUCCCACGCCUUCAACCUAGAACACCUGCUCUCCGCGAGCGCGAAGGAACCCCAGCUUCCGAAGACUCUACACGUUCCAGAUCAAGCUCACGCCUGAGCUGGACGGAAGAAGAUAGCUCCUUUUUGGGGCUUGCCGGUCCCUCUGGCCGCAGGCUCGAGAUGAGCGAGGAGAGUAAAGCGUGGGUCGAGACCGUCAAGCAAAAGGUGCGCAUUGCCAGCGGCGAGCAUAAGCCACCAACGGAAGAAAAGGGCCGCUUUGGCGACCUGGGCAAAGUUGGCGGCACGAAGCGCCUCUUUCGCAAGGCUGGUGAGGCAAGUGCCAGAAGGUCGUAGACCUUUGAGUGAUGAUGACAAGUUACGGAUUUAGAAGCAGCGGUAGCAGAAUUAUUAUUCUUACUUAUUAUGGAUGGGAGCCAAUGCUUUGGGUCGGUGUCAUUCUUAUUGUUUUAGGAGGGGGACUGCUAGGGAUGCCCUCUGUUUAUUAUACCUUUGGAACAUACGGUACAUUAGUUGGUCUAUGCAUAGCAUAUUAUGAAUGCACAUUCUUAUUCACUCUUUUG